AUGGCCUUGACGGCUACCAUUCUUUUGGCUACUUUUGCUGUCUUCGACUCCAUGGCCGUCCCUCUCGCAACCGACAGCACUACUGAAGCGACCUCGACGUUUUCAUCCGACAUCUCCUCAAGCUUGGCGACGGAUACUAUGUCUUCGUCGACUCUAACGUUCAGCACUACCGUGGUUGCGACGACAUCUAGCUCUGCGGUCUCGGACACUAUGUUCUCGCAGAGCUCGGUGUCAGCCUCUCCAACGGAGUCUCAGCCUGUCUCGUCUACUUCUCUUUCUUCUAGCUCAAGCUCCUUGGAUCCGGGACCAACAACGUUAAUCUCGACUGCUUAUGCAGCUGCACCGACCGUCACCGUUACUGCACCUCCGCAAACUGUCACCGACACUAUCACCAUCGUGCCACCCCCGACCCCUGCGCCUACUCUGGUACAGACAGCGUGGGCAGCCCCGCCGCAAAUGACCGACAUGUCCGCGUUCUCAAUCAAGAACUUCGCCUACGGCCACCAGAACAUGCGCAUCAUCGUCAACUCGCCCCCUCCGUCCAGCGCGAACGAUUCGGACAUCACUUCAGAAGCGCUCACCAACGCGCAAGUCGCGCUCGCAACCGCUGCGAACGCGGGCAUGAUUCCCUCGCCCCCAGACGAGAACAGCACAUUCCUACAGCUGCUCUACCCUGCGAACUCGAUCAACCCCGCGCAGGAGCCGCAGGGCGGGGCCGACUUCUACGCGACGCCGCUAGACCUGAGCAGCGCCAAGAACAUCUCGAUGGAAUACAGCGUGUUCUUCCCGGCCGACUUCAACUUUGUCCAGGGAGGGAAGCUACCGGGCAUCUACGGCGGGCACGACGGUUGUUCUGGCGGAGACGACGCGCUGGAGUGCUUCAGCACGCGCCUGAUGUGGCGGGCCAAGGGUCUCGGAGAGUUGUACCUGUACGCGCCCAAGGACAAGCAGACAGCCGCGCUCUGCGCGACCCCACCACUCUCCGUCUGCGACGCAGACUGGGGGCUGUCCGUCGGCCGCGGCGCGUUCAAGUUCACGCCGGGGAACUGGACGCACGUCCGACAGACGGUCACGCUGAACACGCCCGGGAUGCAAGACGGCGGGUUCGCGCUCGACGUGAACGGCCAGCGCGUCAUCGAGCGCUGCGACGUGUACUACCGCGGCGCCCCGCAGGCCGCGGACCCGGAGACUGCGAGCGCCAUUCCGAUCCCGCCGGCCGCGGACUUGUCCGGGACGGAGGACGACUUCGUCGAGGGCCCGUUCCACCUCAAGGUCGACAGCGUGCUCGCGAAGGUGAACGUGGGCCGGGAUUUUAUGCCCACGUUCGCGCCGUACUCGGCGUUCGCGUCUGAUUCUCAAGACAACGAGGUUGAGGACUUCACCCCGGAGUUCGCGCCGCCUGGUGCUGUCUCGCCGGACAUCAAGGCCGCCGAUUCGCCGCCACCAUCCGCGUCGUCGGAGACCGAGACGGCUACGACGGUCAUGAGUACUACGACCGUUGUGCCUGCCACGCAGACGGUCACGCUCUAUCCGACGAGCACAGAGACGGCGUACGCGAUGGCACUGGAGAGUGGCGCGCCCUUCGCGGCAGAGGCGGUCCCCGCGAAGCCCAUUGGCUUCACGGGGCUUUUCUUCAGCACCUUCUUUGGCGGGCACGAGGCCAAGUACGCGACGCCGAAGGACCAGUUCACCUGGUUCAGGGAUUUUGCGAUGACGGUUAAUGCUUGA